AUGAAACAUUCUUUAGCUCCUAAACAAUUGCCAACAGCCAAGAUACUCGCAAGUGUAGAAGCUGCCAUUAGUUAUAACCAAGAUCUAUCCAUUGAAGCGAAAGAAACCAUUCGAGGUAAAAUUGCAUCUACACUUCAGACAAGUGGUAGGCCAGUAAACAAUUUGACUAAGGACGAACAAAAUAGCAUUAUCUAGGUUACGAAAAGAUGACUCAAUUGUCAUUACACAAGCAGAUAAAGCUCGCGUGACAGUAGUUAUGAAUAAAACAGAAUACCGCGAGAAAAUGGAUAAUCUUGUUAGUGAUGAUAAAACAUAUAAGAAACUUAAGAGCGACCCUUCAAAGAAAUUACAACUGAAACUUAAUGAAAAACUUUAUCCAUUACAUCAAGCUAACAUUUUAAAGAGACCAUUAUACUCAAGGUUGUACUGUUCCGUUGCUCAAACUCCAAAAUUGUACGGACUGCCCAAGAUUCACAAAGAGAAUACACCAUUGAGACCAAUCGUUUCGUUUUGUUCAUCACCAACUUAUGAACUGUCCAAAUAUCUUGCGAACAUCCUUAAACCAUUAACCGAGCAAUCCAGCCGUCGUUUGGUCAAUUCCCCGGAUUUUGUAACCAAAAUCAAGAAUGUGCAAUUAAGCGAAGAUCACGAACUCGUAUCUUUCGACGUGAAAUCUUUAUUUGCGAGUAUCCCUUUAGAGCUCAAUAAAAAGCGUAAAGGAGUCAUUAACCAACUACAGCGACGAGCUUCCUAUCCCUAAAGAAGAAGUAAUCGACCUUCUUAUCCUUUGUCUACAAUCUACGUUUUUCCAAUACGAGCGGAAUCUUUACCAACAACUUCAUGGCACGGCCAUGGGUUCUCCAGUCUCAGUUGUCGUAGCAGAGAUUGUAAUGCAGCGAUUGGAGGAGAAGGCAUUAGCUACUUACAUCAACCCUCCAUCUUUCUGGUUCCGCUAUGUCGAUGACACCCUGACAAGUUUUCACAAAGAUGAAAAGAACAACUUUCUUGAACACCUAAAUCAGCAGAAUCCAA